CCCGUGAAACUUAAUAUACUGUCAGUAAAUCUUAAUACAAAAACAGUUGAUAGCUAUUUGUGUCCAGCCCGCCUACCGAACUAAUGCCCCGUGGACGAAGAGAGGCCAAGAGGCCAUAACCGCCCGCGGGUAUAUAAUGACGCACAAUUGAGUGCUAUUUAUCUGGGUUCUCCGAAUAUUUUCAUCGACAACAUGGCGAGCUUGAGAAGAGCAGCGAUCAACGCUCACAGAAUCAUCACUUCUUCCGCUCUACACAACCGUAAGGCGAUUUUAUCUUCCUCUCCAUCUCGCUUCGAGACUCUUCUUAGGCCUCAAUAUAGAUGGGUUUCGCCUUAUUCUUCUGACAGCUCUCAACGUUUAGAUGUUGAUUUCUCCAACGAAGAGAGCAAAAGGCGUUUGUUUAACAGACUUUUAUAUAGGAGCAAACAGAGAGGGUUUCUGGAGCUGGAUUUGGUUCUGGGUAGAUGGGUGGAAGAACAUAUUCAUUCCAUGGAUGAAAAUGGAAUUAAAGCUCUUGUUGAUGUCCUUGAUUUGGAAAACCCAGAUCUAUGGAAGUGGUUGAUUGGGCAGGAGCAACCGCCUGAUGCAGUGAAAACAAAUCCUGUUUUCUCUGCUGUGCACAGGAAGGUCAUGGACAACCUCAACAACCAUGCUUCCCCUGAGACAAGAGCAACACCUGGGGAACCAUGGGUAAGAGGUUGGGAUGAUUUCAAGAAAGGCCGUGAUGCUCCUUUGUCAGGGAACCAAUGACUUCUAUAUCACCCUUCGACUAUACUGUGUUUUUUUCCUUUUGGUGACAAAUAAAGAACAAUAUAUGUAUUUCUAAUUAUCCUUAUUUGUUUAGCCUUAUGUUCAGUUAUGAAUAUGUGAAUAAGGACUGCCAAUAGUGAAGCCAAGAAUGCUACAUUGAUGAAACCGUGUAAUGGAACAUUUUUAUCAAGCACAGUGAGAAAAAUAUGUUGGAAAUGCUUUCUUCA